AUGGCCUUCAUCUUACUUUAUGUUGACAACAUUUUGCUCAUCACCUCCUCAAAUGCAUUACCUGAUCAGUUUAUGGGAUUAGUCUCUAAUGAGUUCGCAAUGAAAGAUUUGGGUCCGAUUAGUUACUUUCUUGGUGUAUCGGUCACCAAUUACCCGCUAUUUUUAUCUCAAGCAAAAUACGCCAUGGAAAUAAUAGAACGAGCAGGUCUAGCCGAUUGUAACCCGGCUGCAACCCCGGUGGACAAUCAACAAAAACUUAGCAGGAAUUCUGGUACUCCUGUGGCUGACAUCACCGAGUAUCGCCGGCUGGUGGGCGCCUUACAAUGCAUCACCUUCACGCGACCUGACAUUUCUUACGCCGUUUAG